GCCUCCGGAUGAAGACACAGCAGACGAGAGAGAUGGGGAAGGAGCAGGCGACUGAGACGGCGGCGCUGGAGAAAUCGGCGGCUGGGUUAAAGCUCGUUGGCUUCACCAACUUCGUCCGUGUCAACCCCCGCAGCGAUCGAUUCCCAGUCCUCGGCUUCCACCACAUCGAAUUCUGGGCCGCCGACGCCACCAAUGUCGCCGGUCGGUUCUCCUUCAGCCUCGGCAUGCCGCUCUCUGCAAAAUCAGAUCUAUCCACUGGAAACCCCUUCUUCGCCUCCUACCUCCUCCGCUCCGCCUCUCUCCGCUUCCUCGUAUCCGCUCCCUAUGGCGGCCCCGCUGCCACCGACGCCGCCGCGAAUUUCACCGGCCGGUCUCCUAUUCCCUCCUUCGACGCAGCAGUAGCCCGCAAGUUUUCAAUCGACCAUGGCCUCGCGGUCCGCGCCAUUGCCGUCGAAGUCGCCGAUGCGGCGGAAGCCUUCCGCGUCAGCGUCGCCCGCGGCGCGCGCCCCGCCUCCCCCCCGGCCGACCUCGGAGAGGGCUUCGCGCUCGCCGAGGUCGAGAUCUACGGGGACGUCGUCCUCCGAUACAUCAGCUUCCCAAAGGUCGCACCUUCGUCCCCAAAGCUCCCGGCUUUCCUCCCUGGUUUCGAAGACAUCGAGGAAUUCGAGGCGACCCCUCCUCCCACCUACGGCCUCCAGCGGAUCGACCACGCCGUCGGAAACGUGCCGGAACUCCUCUCGGCGGUGCGCUACAUCGCCGGAUUCACCGGCUUCCAUGAGUUCGCGGAGUUCACGUCGGAGGACGUCGGCACCGCCGAGAGCGGGCUCAACUCGGUGGUCCUCGCCAACAACGACGAGACCGUGCUGGUGCCGGUGAACGAGCCGGUCCACGGCACCAAAAGGAGGAGCCAAAUCCAGACUUACUUGGACCACAAUGGCGGCGCAGGCGUGCAGCACCUCGCUCUCGCCAGCUAUGACAUCCUCAAGACCUUGAGGGAGAUGAGAGCAAGAACCGCCAUGGGAGGAUUCGACUUCAUGCCGUCGCCGCCUCCCAACUACUACCAAGGCGUGCGACGGCGUGCUGGCGACGUCCUCACGGAGGAGCAGAUCAAAGAGUGCCAGGAACUGGGAGUGUUGGUAGACAGGGAUGACCAAGGAGUGCUGCUUCAAAUCUUCACAAAGCCAAUUGGGGACAGACCCACAAUUUUCAUAGAGAUAAUUCAGAGGAUUGGGUGCAUGGUGAAGGACAAAGAAGGCAGGGAGUACCAAAAGGGUGGCUGUGGAGGAUUUGGGAAAGGCAACUUCUCAGAGCUCUUCAAGUCGAUCGAGGAGUAUGAGAAGUCCCUUGAAGCCAAACAAGCAGUAGCUGUUCCAAGUGCUUAAAUUGUCCUUCGAAUGAAGAAUUCAAACAAAUAAGGAGAACAAUAUUCUUGGCAUCUCACCUCAUCUCUAUUAUUGUUGCUCAAUUACUUAGAACAAUCCAUACAUUGUACUUGAUGCUGAUGAUUAAGUUGUGAUAUGUUAUGGUAUUACUUCAAGGUUGAAGGAAACUUAAUUUGCAUUCUUAAA